GUCGCUGUGGCCCCUGAUGACUUUCUGUUGCUGCCUCUCCACCCUGCCAGUCAAUCCCUCCUCCUCUCACUGUGCUGCCCGCUCCAAAUCCUGUACCUCCUGGCUGACUGGCUUCUCCCAUCACAUUUCUCAUAGUAUACACAGCACCCACAUGAUUAUGCCACACUGAUCUUAAAUCACACAACAUCUCAUAUAUUACACACCCCACAUGAAGAUUACACAGCACCAGAUAGCACAGUUAGAUAAAGGGCCUAAAGGCUGUUAAAUCUAUGAGGAUUUGGAAUAGAUCAAUUAAAGCAUGGCUAGUACAAGAUUUAUACAAGCAAUCCGCAUCAUAACAUAAUAUUGCAACCCAGCAGCACAAUGAAUUCCUAAUACCCCACUAACAACAAGGGACACACUGAACCCCACAACCCCCAGCAUGUGGAACAGUACAUCUUCCUGCCCACAAACAAAUAGCGAUACAGAGUAUUCCCUGACCCCAGCAAGUGGCACAGCGUAUCCCCUCACCGCACCCCCAGGAAAAUUGCACAGUGAACCCUUCCACCCCCAGCAAGUAGCACAGUGCAUUCCCUCACCGCUCAAUAGCAGCUAAUCCUUCCCAGGGCAGUCACAUGAUACGGUCAUGUGAUGGUGAUGUAAUCAAGGUCUUUUCUGAGGCUAGGAACUAGCAACUACUUAAUACCGGGAAGAAGUUGUUUCACUACUUGUCUCUGCUGCUGAUCCCUUUCUUGUGUUUAUUCAGCGCUGAUGUGAGGUGUCUUAUUGUGCCACAGAUUAUGUUCUUUACACACUUCCUUUUAGAACAGGAAGUGGUCAUGUGACCUUUCUGGAUUGUAACAUGGUGGCGCCCAGAAGUACUGCUGCCUGUCACGUGGUUAAAGUGGUGUAUGCAUAUCUUUAUGAAAGUUCAGAAAAAAAGAACACUGUUAUACCAGCAUUAUACGGACACAUAACUGGAUCUGAGCCAAAGAGCCUGAACUGCAAGGAUAUGCUAAAGUAUUUGCUGCUCUUGCAUUGCUGGCUUCUUAUUAGUGCCAGGAGUUCAUUGAAUGAUGAUUUAUUAUCACCAUAUCAACCACAUGCUAAGCAUGGGCCAAGCCAUAGUUAUCGUCAUGUUAGAGAUUGUCAGCCCGUUAUUCACGGUAAUAGAACACAUGAAGAAUGGCCCAGUAGUAAUUCUACCUGGAUGCCAGUUGCUACCACAAGAAUCUUUGAAUCAAAGUUUCCUACCACAAGCGGUAUGAAAACCGCGUAUGGCCAUUUUACAUACGUAAAUAAUCCAUUGAGGACUUUUUCUGUACUGGAACCUGGAGGACCAGGUGGUUGUAGUAAAAAAUUGACAGCUACUGUUGAAGAAACCAUAAAGCAUGGAAACUGCUUUGUGGCACAAAAUGGUGGAUAUUUCGAUAUAGAUACGGGAAAUUGCUUUGGGAAUAUUGUGAGUGAUGGAAAACUGGUACAGAGUGCCAAGGGCAUCCAAAAUGCACAGUUUGGCAUCAAAUCUGAUGGUACUUUAAUUUUUGGGUAUCUCUCUGAAGAGCAAGUCUUGGAAGCAGAAAACCCCUUUGUGCAGUUGUUGAGUGGAGUUGUAUGGUUGCUACGAAAUGGAGAGGUUUACAUAAAUCAAAGUAAAGCUGCAGAAUGUGAUAAAACUCAAACUACAGGUGACUUUGAUCACUUUAUUAAUGUGAUUUCUGCUCGGACUGCUAUUGGGCAUGAUCGAGAAGGUCGACUAAUUCUUUUUCACGUGGAUGGACAGACAGAUGAUAGAGGCCUGAACUUGUGGGAAUUGGCUAACUUCUUAAAAGACCAAGGAGUUAUUAAUGCAAUAAACCUGGAUGGAGGUGGAUCAGCUACUCUGGUUAUAAAUGGGACCCUCGCCAAUUAUCCAUCUGAUCACUGCCACUAUAACCCAAUGUGGCGCUGCCCAAGGAGCAUCUCUACUGUAGUGUGUGUUCAUGAACCUUUCUGUGAUCCUCCUGACUGUUCAGGCCAUGGGCAAUGCAUUUUGGGAGAGUGCCAGUGUACAGACUUUUGGACUGGGCCUGCUUGCUCUGUUCUCAGUUGUGGCCCUUUAAACUGCAGUGCACAUGGAAAUUGUACUGAAGGCGGAUGUGUGUGUGACCAGGGCUGGAUUGGUGCUGACUGCAAUAUUUCUUGUGUACACGGUUAUUAUGGUGAAGGAUGUAGACGGAAGUGCCCUUGCCAAAACAAUUCCACAUGUAACCAUGUUGAUGGGUCCUGCCAGUGUUCAGAUGGCUACACAGGAUUGUAUUGUGAAGAAGAGUGUCCACUUGGGUUUUAUGGGGCAGGAUGCCAACAUGCUUGUCACUGUAAGAAUCAGUGCUACUGCGAUCAUCUAACUGGGAGCUGCAAUAUUACUAAAAAACCCAGCUUAAAUGAACUGUCAUCAAAAGUUGGACAGUGUAUGGAAACCCUGCUGUGUACAUCCUUGAAAAACACCCGGCACUCAGAAACUGCAGUAAAUAUUUUUGCACAGUGGAAGUGGGUUAUAUCGACCUGUACCCUUGCUUUGCUACUUGUGAUCAGCGCUGCAUUCAAUAUGAAACAGGUGUUACAGAGCCGAGGGCGACAUAUAGAUAGCAAGUAUUCAUACCACCAGCUUCAGGAGGUUAAUGGAAAUAUGGAGGUAAAUGGGAUGCUUGACCCAUGGGAUGCAAAUUAAGAUGGAACCUAAACAUUACAUUUUGAGACUGCAGUUGCAAGAACAACAAAUGUUACUAUGCUUUCUGAGCCAUACACAAAACCUCUGCCUUGAAUUCACCCUAAAAUUGGGGGUGAGAAGCCUGAAUUUUAUUACGCACAAAAUGUCUCAAGCUUGUAUAUGCAGCAAGGUACAGCAAUCAAAUUCACCCCAAAUUUGGGAUUAGAAGCUUGCCAUUUAUUACGCACAAAAUUUCUGAAGUUACAGAGUUCAACUAAACCUGCCACACAGAGACUUUGGUGCUGGUUGUAUUACUGCAAGCUAAUUAUUUUGCUCUUUUACAAGAAAUACUUUGCACUGGGU